CUCCCAAUAUGGCGCCUUAGCAACUGGGACGCAGAUGUGCUUAGCAACGGUCUGAUGUAAACACGGUGAAUUUUCCGAGCUGAGGGUUUUAAAUGAACGUUUUAAAGCUCUUCAGUGGCUGAGGAGAGAUCUAAAGCCGUGAUUUAUAUUAUAUCUGUGUAGUGUAACCGCUAGUGUUGAGCAGGAGCUGAGAGCGGGGCGCUGGACGCCGGGCUGUGUGAAGGAAUGCAGGGGGAGAGUCUGUGCUGAAGAUGGUGUAGCUGAAAAGUUGAGUUUGCUGUAAAACCAGAAGGAAAACUGAAUCAUGACUCAGAGUGAGAUGCUGGGACACAGUGGAGAUGAGGAGAUUAUCAAAGAACUGUGUGUGUGUAAUGGAGUGUCCUUUGAGAAGAUUUCCCAGGAAGGGAGUGGAGUCACAGCACUGGAGAUGUUUUUCUCUGGUUUUCCCCGGAUGGUUGGGCUUUCUCUUUUCCCCAGGCUGACCAGGCUCACCCUUGUGGGACAGAGCAUUACACAAAUCCAGGGUUUAGAGAACUGUCCUUCACUCAGAGAGCUGUGGGUGGUGGAGUGCCAGAUUGAAGAAAUCUCAGGUCUAGAGAAGUGCCUGCAGCUGCUGAAGCUUUUUCUUUACGACAACAAUAUCAGUAGGAUUAGCAGCCUGGAACUUCUUACUAACCUGCAGGUUCUGUGGCUCAACAACAACAUCAUCUCUGAGAUAGAGGGCUUAAGCAUGCUGGGGAACCUUAGGGAACUUAACCUGGCUGAUAAUUUAAUUGAAAGUAUUGGAAACAGCCUUGACCAAAAUACCAACCUCCAAAAGCUCAAUCUCUCAGGGAAUAAGAUCAGUUCCUUUAAGGAGCUGACCCAUCUGACUCGUCUAAGUAAACUGAGAGAACUGGGCCUUAAAGAUCCACAGUCCCGGCCAAACCCAGUGUGUAUGCUGUGUAACUACUUCACACACAUCCUGUACCAUGUUCCCACUCUGCAAAGAUUGGAUUCCUAUGAUGUUACCAGUAAAGCAAUUAAAGAAUCAGCUGAGUCUACAGUGACAAAGAAGAUGAUGUACUAUAACAUGCGGGUGCACAGCGCUCAGAGACAGUUUGACAACACUGAAGCUAAACUCCAGCAGCAGAAGAAGAAGCAAAUGCAGCGUCCUGAGGAGAGGAUCCGAACACUGAGCUAUACACUCAAACAUUUUGAGUGUGAGCUGGCUGAAAGCAGAAAGGGGGUAGGUCAUCCCAAGGACCAAAACAUGGAGCCUGUAGAAGCUGGAUAUGAGAAGAGAGUUCAACACAAACUGACCACCAUCAGACAGAGGAUUCAAACCUGGGAGCAGAGAAUAGAGGAGGUGGAGGCAUGUUUUCGGCGAAACAUCACUCAGGCAUUAGACAGGAAGGAGCUGAUGGUUCAAUUUCUGGUGAUGGAGUUGGAGACAGUAGGAAAUAUUCGCUUUGAGGAGGGAAAUACCAGUGACGCCUGGUUCAGCUCCUGUUAUGAUCUUCUGCUCUCUCGUUUCUGUGCACUGGAUCACAAGCCCCACAACAUCACCGGCAUUAAGAUCAACCGGAUCAUCCGGGUGCAUAACCGUGUGCUCAGACUGCGGUUUGAGGAUAAACUGCACUCCAUGCUGACCAGUGAGGAACCUCCAUUCAUCUCACCGAACUACAAGCGCUUCUUGGACUAUCUGUUCUAUGCACCAGAUCCUGAAAGAAGCUCUGAGGGGAGCGAGGUUCUCUGUAUUCUUGAGAACGGAUUUAAAUCAGCUGAAAGCUACAAGGAUCUAGAUAUGGAUGGAGCAGUUCCACUGACCAACAGUGUCAGCAUUUAUCACCAGCCAUGGAAACAUGCCACCAAACACGGAACUAAAAGACCAGCGGAGCCCCCACCCCUAAAACCUGGUCAGCUGAUUGUGUCUAAAGUGUUCCUGGGUCACAGUGUUCCAGCAAGAGAUGGAGUACCUGUGAGCUCUGAGUUCUACCCCAGAACUCACUCGGUGUACCGCAAGAUCAGCACCAAACAGAACACCUUCAGUUUUGGGAAACCACGCAGCAAUGCAGCAUGUUCCUCAGACCUGCAAGGGAGCUGUGACUGCAGUCAGAAACAGACCAUGUGGUUUGUUUUUGAUCACGAGCUCGUCCUGCCUGAGUACCUCAUCGACUUCGACUUCAUCAGACAGGAAAAGCCCCGGCACUCUCACCCCUUUACUCCAGGCCUCAAACCCUCUGGUGAGCCAGGUGAUGCCUCUCCACUGCUCUGUGAUAACGAGGCUCUUGAUAGAGAGGCGCUAGCCCUGGAGCCAAUCCUCGAACCCCGACCCAAACUGCUCAGCCUGGACGAGAAAAGCAUCCUGACAGCGGCCCAAGCAAACGUCCUCAGCCAGAUCACUGUGCUCAACCUCCAUGAUAGUGGUCUUACCAAGCUGAAGGAGAUCUCCUGUCUGACAGCACUCCGCCAUCUGACCAUCAGCUUUAAUGAGUUCACGCACCUGGAUGACAUCUCACAUCUGCCCAGUCUGGAAUGUGUGGACGCCAGUUUCAAUCAAAUUGUGACUCUGGGGGGCCUGCGGGGCCUCGGACGUCUCACACAGCUGGACCUUCGCUGGAACCAGCUGACCCACGCCAGGGACGACAUGGCGGUGCUGCAAAAACACGCACCAUCCCUGUUACGCCUGGACACACGCCAAAACCCCUGGAAAACCCAGGGUGAAUGUGUGAGGAUGGUGGUGUUGGGGAGACUGAGGACUCUCACGCACUUUGAUGGUGUGUUAGUUACUGAGGAAGAAGCUGCUGAUGCUGAACAGAUGGCUACUGUCUCCAAAAUCAAUGAAGCAUCUCUUGUGGCUCAUUCUCGUGUUGAUUCUGAUCGCCCACGAUGUCUAAGUCUCCUCACUACAGCCCAGCUCCUCACACACCUGUGGCCUUCACCAUGGACACACACUGCAGAGCCUGAACCAGGGUGGACCAACAAAAUCACUGCUCUGAAUCUGGACGGUCAGCGGUUGGCCCGUAUCGCUAAUCUGGACAAGCUGGUGAACCUGCGCUGGGCUUCGUUUAAUAAUAACGAGCUAAGUCAUAUUGAGGGUCUGGAACACUGCCCCCUGCUGGAGGAGCUGUCCCUCAACCAUAACAACAUCAGCAGCCUGGAUGGUGUGUGCAAGCUACAGCGACUGACCCGUCUGAGCGUUAACAGUAAUCAGCUGCAGUGUCUGGAUGGCUCCGUGUUGGAUCACCUUCCCAAUCUCCACUUCCUGUCUGCUGAGAGAAAUCUGAUCCCCUCUCUGCAUGGAGUUCAGAGAUCACGCUCCCUGUUUGAGCUUUACGUCGGCAACAACAACAUCAGCACCUCCAGGGACAUCUACCACCUGAAGGUGCUUACUAGUCUGAUCAUCCUGGAUUUGUACGGGAACCCUUUAGUGGAGAAGUUGGAGAGUUACCGCAUCUACGUGGUCUUUCAUCUACCGUCUCUUAAAGCACUGGAUGGAACCGCUGUGGAGGUGACUGAGUGCGAGAAUGCUAAAGAUGUAUUUGGAGGCAGACUCACGCCGGACAUGGUCACUGAGAAACUGGGUAUUUCAAACUACAGAGAAAUGACAGAGCUGGAGCUGACAGCCUGUUCUAUCAGGAUGGUGGAUCUUGUUCCUGCUGAUUUGUUUGUGAACCUGCGCUGCGUCAAUCUGGAGCGGAAUAACCUCACCUCCUUUAGCGGCCUUAUCUACCUGCCCAACAUCACGGCUUUAUGUUUAAACUACAACCACAUCGAGUCGGUUCUCCCACGCCAGAAAACACAAACACACCACAGCCUCAGACAGCCACCCUACCACAAAGUUAGCUCCAGUGGCUACGGACAACACAACAGCAAAAACAGCAGGGACGCCCUGUGUGGGGAGAGCUUGGAGCCGCUAAUGGCCAGUUUGGAGGUUCUGCACCUGGGCUAUAACGGCAUUUCCAACCUCAGCGAGCUUCAGCUCAGCAGACUGACCAAUCUCAAAUCUCUGUUUCUGCAAGGUAAUGAGAUGGUGCAGGUGGAAGGUCUGGAGGGUCUGCGGCGUUUGCAGGAGUUGGUUUUGGACAGGAAUCGACUGAGGUGUGUGAGCGCGAACUCGUUUAGCGCUCAGGCCGCUCUGCUCGAACUCCAUAUGUCUGACAACCGACUCCGUGACCUCAGCCACCUGCACACACUCAGCCAGCUUCGCUCACUCCACCUGGACAACAACAAAGUGCAGGAUCUCUCAGAGCUGGAGAAACUGGAUGCUCUACCAUCAUUAAUAAAACUGUCUGUAUUGGGCAACCCGGUGGCUCGGCGCUGCCUCCACAGGCCAGUGGUUGUUCUUCGUCUCCCCGGCCUGCAGGUGCUGGAUGGCAUCUCAAUUACACUGGAUGAACGAACCAGGGCUGAGUUAACGUAUGCAGAAGGACAGUACCCCAUUCCCCCAGCAGUAGGUGCUGAAGUGAUCUUUCCUGGCUUAUCUCCACUGAACCACUCUCCUGCCCGAGGCUUCAGCAGCUUUCAGCACGACAUCAUCUUCACCCCUAACCUGGACGACUCACACCUCAGCAGUAAAAAUAAGAAGCAUAGAGCUGGAGGCACACACUCCCGCAGUGCUCAGAGCGACGGCCGACACAGAGGAGGACUCAGCGGCCACAGAGUCUACAUCAGCUACCCCAGUACAGACAUUGACAGCAGAUUUCACAGCGGGCCCAGACCUCCACUGUAACCCAUCAUAAGGAUAAAGGAAGGCUGGAAAUGUGAUCUGUACUGCUGUAAAUUUACUGUACAAAUGUUUAAUGUAGAAUAUGUUGAUUUUCUUUUCAAAUGGAAACAUAAAUGUAAAUGAAGUCACUGAUUUUAUUAUGUUAUAUUGUAUGAAGUGUAUUAAUUCACUACUAUAAAAGAAUUGGUAUUUUUUUGCUUGUGGCUCCCCUACAGUUGGGGAAUGUUAUUCACCUUUACACCACGGCAUUAAAAACAAAUAAUUUAUUAAGCACCCCCUUAUGGUCAGCUGAUCAUGUGCAUUUGUUGACAAGCAGAGAAAGAGCAGCAUCUGAAUGGGAGAAGCGUGUGGUGGCUUGGUAUAAUGGUAAAUGAUGUUCUACACAAUAAAUCUGCAGUGUUCUACUACUGUAUAUAUUUAGACUA